GAGCAGAAAAUUCUCCAUUCUUCGUGAAUCCGAUGAAUACACAAAACAAGGGUUCUUCAAAGCAGCUUUCAGGGAUGAAUAAUACGGGGGAGAUUCAAAGGAUUUACUCUGCGAAUCCUGCCGACUACAAGCUUUUGGAAGAGGUCGGCAAUGGCGCCAGCGCUACGGUUUACCGAGCGAUCUACCUCCCUAUAAACGCCGUCCUGGCCGUCAAGUGUUUGGAUCUUGAUCGCUGCAACAAUGGAAAUCUGGAUAGCGUACGUCGUGAAACUCAAACGAUGGCUUUGGUCGAUCAUCCGAAUCUCGUCAGAGCGUAUUGUUCCUUCGUUGUGGAUCGCAACCUGUGGGUCGUCAUGCCGUUCAUGGCGGUGGGUUCCUGUUUUGAGGCGAUGAAAAGGGCUCAUCCCAACGGAUUAGAAGAGAUGGAGAUUUGUUUUAUAUUGAAAGAAACCCUUAAGGCAUUGGAUUAUCUUCACCGACAAGGACAUAUCCAUCGAGAUGUUAAGGCUGGUAACAUAUUGCUCGAUAACAAUGGCGAUGUUAAGCUUUCUGAUUUCGGGGUUUCGGCUUGCAUGUUUGAUUCUGGUGAUAGACAACGGUGCAGGAAUACCUUUACGGGGACACCUUUUUGGAUGGCGCCCGAAGUUAUGCAAGCAGAGACCGGGUAUGAUUCUAAGGCUGAUAUUUGGUCGUUUGGGAUAACGGCGUUGGAACUUGCGCAUGGUCAUCCGCCAUUGUCGCAAUAUCCGCCAAUGAAGGUUCUUCUGGUGACACUACAGAAUGCUCCUCCAAGACUCGGUGAUAAAAAGUUCUCCAAGUCCUUUAAAGACAUGGUCGCCAUGUGCCUGGUGAAAGAUCCCAAGAAGAGGCCUACUGCAGGGAAAUUGUUGAAGCACUCGUUUUUCAAGCAUGCCAAGCCACCUGAGCUUUCUCUGAAGAAUUUAUUAGCUGAGCUCCGAUCACUAUUGUUGAAUCCUGUGAAAGCUCUUCAGAAUGAUGAAUCUGCACAACAACUACCUUCAAAGAUGGCAUCAUUGUCACCAGAAGAAGCAAGAUCAAUGAGUGUGUACCAGAAGGGAAUUAGUACCUGGAAUUUUGAUAUUGAAGAUUUGAAAGCGAAAGCGGAAACACUUAUCCCUGAUGAUGAUAAUAAUGACGAAACCAUGGAGUCUAGCCCUGUAGACAACUGCAGGGAUGGAUAUACAACAACGGAGCAAUGCAAGCAAGUGCUCCCACUGAAAUGCUAAAAUCUUUUAACUUCAAAUAUAAUGUAAUUUUUUCAUCUCGGUA